AUGGUGUUUUACGGACAAACUGUCGACGGCAUGCCGGAUAGGGGUCAUAUCCUUUUCGUUACGGCGCUGGUGAUGGUGCUCAUUGCGGCCUUGUUUGUCGUAAUCCGUCUGGCAACCAGGAUUCAUCUGAGGCAGUUCGGCUGGGAUGACCUUUUCCUCGUCAUCGCUCUGCUCGCAUCGGUCUUAACGACAACCACUAUCAACCUGGCGGUGGUAAAUGGCUAUGGCAGACAUACAGUGGAUAUGGGAGAGAGCAUUCAUGCAGCUCAGAUGCAGUGGUUUUUCAUUGCCCAGGUUCCCUACAAGGUCGCCCUUGGCUUUACGAAGGCAUCGAUCGUCCUCCUUUAUCUCCGAAUAUUCAUUACAGAGACGUUCCAACGCGUGGGAAAAGCCUAUCUGGCCGUCAUCGCCGCAUGGACAACCGCAUCUGUCCUCGUUACGAUUUUUCAGUGCGUUCCCAUCGAAGCUUCGUGGAACAAAGACAUUACCAAUAAUAGAUGCGUGGACAAGGAUAGCUGGUGGUAUGCAUUUGCUGCCAUCAAUACUAUCACAGACUUUUCGAUCGCCAUCCUCCCUAUCCCACCAAUCCGUCACCUGAAGCUUUCGAAGCGAGACAGAAUAGGCUUGUUCUGCGUUUUCGGGGUUGGAGCCUUGUAUGUUGUUAUCUACUCCUAUCUGUCCCUUGCAUCGAUCGAAGAUCUAAUUCAUGACCAUGAUGGAAAGUGUCUGUGUCACUAG